AUGUAUACAGAAUGGCGUACAUAUGUUGAUAAAGCUGUAACGUUAACUUCAACUGGUUAUCAAACACCCUUUGAAGGGAAUUUGUCAGCAUUAAUGUACGCCCAAACGAAUACUUUCCAAGAUUUUUGGUGGUAUAAUGGAAGUCUAACAACACCACCAUGUUCUGAAAAUGUCAUCUGGAUAAUAUUUCAUGGCGGAAUAGAAUUUUCUGAUGAUGAGUUAGAAUUAUUACACAAACAUGUAUUUUUUGAAGACUUUCGAGAACCACAAUCCCUAAAUAAUCGGAAAGUGCUGAGAAGUUAUCCAAAAGAAGAUGAUUCAGUGUUAACAGAUCAAUAUUAUUGUUGUAAUAAGCAACAACCACAAUCACAAAGUCCUGUUAAUAUUAUAACAUCAUGUACAGAAAAUCAUCAAUUUCGAUCAUUUAGUUUUUCAUCAUAUUAUUCAACUACAAAUAAUUUUAUAUUAAUUAAUAAUGGACAUACUAUUGUUGCAACAUUACAAAAUCAAACCCAAAAUAACUUGUUAACAUUGAGUGGUGGAGAUUUAUCUGGUGUAUUUCUAUUUCAAAGUUUCCAUUUACAUUGGGGUCAAAAUGCUAAACAAGGUGAUGCAUUUAUAAAAUCCAUAAAAUGUGCUAUAUCUGAAGCUUGUGUUAAAUAUGAACAAAGUAUCAUAAAGCUGGAAGCACAAACUCAGCAUACAAACAUACGAACAAAAACAACAGCUUCAAAUACAUCAAUCUGGUCGCCAGUCGCAGUUAUUGCAGCUGAGAAACUACGACGGUCCUUGAACAAUGCAUCAAUUUUGUCAGCACGACGAUUUGUUAAUCUUGUACACAGUGCUAAUACACUGUUCAAUGAGUCAUCAGAAGAAGAUGAAAAUGUUUUUGAUGCUGUUAACCAUCAUGAAAUAAAAAUACAUGCCACAGCUUCCACAAAUUCAACACUUGUUCUUCAACAAGAAACAUCAGCUCUUCCACCAAUUGCAUCAUUUUGUGAUACUAAAACUACGACUAGUGGUAUCAUCACACAAGCCAGUUUCAUGUCAGCAGGGUAUCCAUUGACACCUUGUUGA